CACUUCCGGCGCGGGCGGUGUGCGGGGCGCUCAUGGCGGCCAUGGCGGCGGCCCGGGCGGACACGAGGGCGGCGGGCGGCGGCGGGGCGGCGGUGGCGGCGGGCGCCAAGCAGCUGUUGGCGCUCGACCCCCAGCUGCAGAGCCAAUUCCAGCGGCGCGUGGCCCGGAGGACCCGGAAGCACCAACAGCUGACCCCUGGCGUGAUUUACCUGGGCCACAUUCCCCGCGAGCUUUCGGAGUCGCAGCUCAGGAAAUACUUCACGCAGUUCGGGACGGUUACCAACCUUAAGCUAUCCAGAAGUAAAAAGACGGGAAAUAGCAAGGGCUACGCAUUCAUGGAAUUUGAAUCAGAGGACGUCGCCCAGAUAGUGGCCGAAACAAUGAACAACUAUCUCUUUUGCGAAAGACUCUUGAAGUGCCACGUGGUGCCCCGAGGAAAAAUCCACAAGGAGCUUUUUAAAGGUUCCAACAGGCCGUUUGCAAAGCCUUCGUAUCCGGAGGUGGCACGGUAUAAUAAGAAACGGACGGACAAGCAGAAGUUGAAAAUGAAGAUGCGGUUAGAGAGCAAGGAAAAAAAGCUACGGAAGAGGCUCGCGGAAAAAGGGAUCGACUACGAUUUUCCUGGCCUGGUUUCAAAGAAGAAAGUGAAAGUUUCGAGAGCUGACCCUGUCACCGUGGACAGCCAGGCACCCACACCAGUGUGUACGCCCACAUUUCUGGAAAGGCGGAAAUCUGUGGCUCUCGAGAUGAGCGAAGAGGAUAAUGAAAUAAUCCUGAAAUUGCCACCCUCAAGUGUGAAGACCGACACCAAAGCUAGGAAGCAGCAAGUCCGCAAAAAAAAGGCAAAUAAAAAGUAAAUGAUCCUCGGGGUGAGA